GGUGGAAAUCUAAAUCCAGCUUCUUAAUUAUCCGGAAAAGCAAUGGCCUGGCAUGGAUUGGAGUCUUGUUAUGUUGCUGUUCUUUCCGUCCUCGCUCUCAUCUCUCUCUUUCGUGGUGCUACCCAAGAUUCGGACGAUUAUCCUAAUAUUGCACGUCUUUCCAAUUCAUGGAUUAACGUUCAUCAAGAAAUUAUAUAUUACUCGGAUGAGGCAGUCACUGUGCUGCCCAUUCUUGACAUCGAAAGCGAAGGUGCAGGGUUCUGCUUUGGAUUCUGCUGCCGCAAUUCAAGAGAUGAAUGCCUCUUGGCUGUUGUCAUCUACCACCCCUACAGUUUCUACAGUUCCCUUCUUAUAGGGUAUCCAAGACUAGUGUGGUCUGCUAAUCGGAACAAUCCUGUCCGGGUAAAUGCUACUUUACAGCUAGCUGGAGGAGGAGACUUGAUCUUGAAGGAUGCUGAUGGCAAAUUUGUUUGGUCCACAAACACAACAGGAAAGAGUGUUUCAGGCUUAAAAUUGACUGAAGCCGGAGAUGUUGUCCUCUUUGACACAAACAAUGCUACGGUUUGGCAGUCUUUUGACCACCCCACCGAUGCUCUACUUCAGGGCCAAAAGAUGGUUUCAGGGAAGAAGCUUACAGCCAGCUUAGCCACAGAUGACCCAAAAUUGAGUCAUCCAUGGAAAAUGAAAAUAUCAAAGGCCAAGCAUAUUCAUCCAUGA